UCUAUUUCUGCUCCACGUCUGCGGUGAAUAUAUUAUAUUCCACCAACCACCCCUGGUCCAUUUGCCCCCCUUCAAUUACAGUUCUUCUCUGUCCUUCUCUAGGACAAGGAGACAUACACCAGCAACGACGCGACUUAUCCUAGGUUCACCUUGAUAUUCCUCGUUAGUGAGUGUUCGGAAAUUCGAUAUACGCACGCAGGGCGGACUCAAAUUAUUGGGUUAUUGGGGCUAAGCGGCUGGACCCUACCCAAGGGAAACGAAAGGAUUGAGCAAUUGUUUCAGGAAUAAAGGGCCAAAGGGAAAGCAAAUAUGCCACUUCUAACCAAGAUGCUCCCUUUGAGGGAGACGGUCGAAGAUUUCCAGGCUGCCUCUCUUCAUUCCUCUCAUCAACAACACCAGGACGAGGGGCAAGAGAAGGAUAAGGAUAGCGGGUACGAGGACUUUCAGGAAUUCGACGAAGAGGACGAGUGUUUGGAUAGCGAUAUGGAGGGCUCGAUUAUUCACAGGGGACGCCCGAAGAAGGCUGUCAGGGCACCAGCUAUCCCGGCGAGGAACGAAAGACGUGCAUCCAAGAUACUAGAGAACGUUAUGCUCGAACUGCAGACAUUGGAUGGCAAGGAGGCAAAGGAUACCGAUAGCAGAUCAAUGGUCCCAGAGUCCGAUCCUCACGAAUCAUACCUCUCGAGCGAAGAAGAUGCUAGCCUUUCAGACGACUACGAUGACCUCGAAUCUCUCUCUGGCACAGCGAGCCCCUCUGCCGAGGACGCAGACAAUGAAGAAGGUCGAGAAUCGUUCUCGCGAGGAUCAAGAAGGAAAUCUCAAGAGGAUACUGCAAGAGUGGUUAGUUUCAUCUGUGUUGGCAAGCCACAGAUUGUCGAUAUCUUCAUAUCCUCCAACCAUGCCUCCCCCAUUGAACGUGGAAACGGUAGUAUCCCCAAACGACACUCGAUGAAUCUCGAGGCUCUGACAGCACUUACUCAAACACAAUCUUCCUCGCCAGCGAAAUCUAGUCGUCGACCUACACCAUUGAAGCUCUACCCCAAUUCAAUCCGCCGAAUGUCAAUUUCGAGCAUAACGUCCUCUCACACUAGCAACUCGUCCUACAACCAACCCGCUCCAACGAAUGCUUCGAACACAAACCUCAGUUCCCUCCCACCACGAAAAUCCAGUCGAUUGGCAUUAAACAUAAACUCCCUAAUAACAUCAACAAAAACAACCCUCCAGAAAUCAGUUUCCGCAUCCGCCGCAGUACCCUCCCACUCAUUCCUAACCUCCGACCCCUUCUCCACCACAGCCUCAAACGAAGACACACAACCCACCACGCCGAAGACCCCAACAAGCAUAGCAGCCGCAGCCUGGAAAAGAGGCCUCAGCAAAACCCUAACCAAAGCCCGCAAACCCAGCAUGCCCAAGCUGUACACAGCCUACACCAACAGCUCCAGCGCCUCCAUCUCUCCGGACAAGAAGCGAAUUUCGACCGCACAUUCAAACCUAUCUAGCAACAACCUCGCCCGCAUAAUCUCCGAGUCUAUACCCGACGCAGAAACUCGCUCGAGAAGCAGCGUCUAUUCGUCUGCUUCCUCGCAGCGAGACCCGGCGGUGGAACCGGUGGUAGAAGUCAAGAGGUCAUCAACGAUGCCGGUUCUUACUUCGCCCACGACCUCGACGUCUUAUAUCCCGCCCGUGGUACAGAAACCGCCGCCUAUUCCAGCCAGCACCACGCCUGUUUCGGCUGGUGGGAGGAGGAGUUUCAGUUUAGGGCUAGGGAGGAAGAAGAGUGUUAAGACGAAAUGAUUGGAUUUGAAUUUGUUUUGAUUGAAUGGAGUUUGGGAAGGCGUUCUUUUUGGGUUGGGCGCGAGGAUACCAUUUGCAUUUUAUGAGAUUUUCUUUGGAAUCUGAUUCGAGAUUUGUGUUUUUCUCUACUACUUAUAUUUAUGAAUUUCCUUGGGAAAUAUGUGUCUGCUGGAAAGAUGGGAGAUGCAUGGAAUGGAUGGGUAGAGAAAGAGAGAUGGUGUAGUCUAGAUGGGAUGGGAAAAGGGGGAAUGAAUGCAUACAGAUUCUAUGCUCAAAA